GUUUGGCGAACGUGGAAAGCAACCCAUAUAACGAGCAGCAGACGCUAUCCACGGCCGCAUGUUUUUCAAUAUCGUGGUUUUAAAUUCGUAAUCAAUUCGUCGCGGGAAAAAGCUACUGACAGCUUAAAAUGAAGCCCCCUAAGGACAGAUACGGGUUGUUCCGACGGCGACAUGACCCGAAGACCGCACGCUAAUCGGUUUUUGGUGACCGUGUUCUUUUCGCUACUUGCGUUUGGAUGCAAAGAAGGAAGGCGUGACCAAAUGAAGCGAUGAACCUUUGGGAUGCCAUCUGUGCAACGAACGAUGGGACCCUGGUCAUCUGGGAAGGGAACCAUCUGAGCCGCUGCUUCCUAGACCUCCUCGCAGUCGGUGUACAUGCCCUAGCUGCAGUGAUCAGCGUUUACUACACCGGUGUCCGCCGGAUUGCUCUCCGCCGCGACCACCAGCUCGUUCACUUGCUGCCGUCAACAUGGCGGACUCACCUGCGCAAGUUGUGCUGCUCCAUUCUCCUGCUUCGCCCUGUCAUUCACCUCGUAAUGUCCCAGCUCAUUCUUGGCGAGUUCAUGGCACCCUCUACGAUGCUCCACGUUGGCGCUGCCAUCUUGACCUGGACGGUCCACUUCUUCUACCUGCAGACUCUCACGAACCCACUGCCACGACACCGCCGGUUUGUCGGCGAGGUACCCGUAAUCUUUGCCGUGACCACGUCCGGACUGUGUGCAACGUUUCGUGUGUCUGCGCUGCUCUCGCUGAGUGAAUCUGAUCGUGGCUCUGAGCUCUCGUUUCAAGCUGACUUGUACGCGAAUGUCGCAAGUGCACUCGCCUGUGCCUUCUACCUCACGGCUGCUGUGCACUGCUCCAGCACUGCCGGCGAGACGCCACCUCGUACACAGGGCAGAGAGUCGCCGUCCUCUGUGCAUAGCUACGUUCGUCUGCUGGAAGCAGACGACGAUGCUCGACAGCUUGGAACGGCAGAGGACACCAACUUUUUCUCGCUUCUCACUUUUUGGUGGGUCGGGCGGUUGAUGCGCCGUGGCUACAGGGGCCACAUUCAGGAACCCGAUGACCUGCACGACCUCCCAGUCAGCCUGAGGCCAGAAGAGGUUGUUCGAAGACUUUACCGGAAGGUAGAGACCUCCUGCUCACUGCCAAGUCUUCUCGUGCUGUUCCACAGAUGUGUCGGCCUGCAAUACUACGCCAUUGGAGUUCUGAAGUUCCUUGCCGACGCCCUGUCGUUUGCGGGCCCUGUUUUUCUACACAGGCUCGUCAUGUUCUUCGAGGAAGGACCAGGCCAGGGACCAGCAUGGUCCGGCUAUGCCUACGCAUCAGGUCUUACUCUUGCCUGUCUCUUGGGUGCAUUCUUGUCAGCUCACUACAGUUACCUAGUGUCACGAGUGGGCCUCAAGGUGAGGGCAAUUGUUGUGGCGCUUGUCUACCAGAAGACACUGCGUGCCGAUGCGACAGAGCUGCGAAAGAGUUCAUCGGAAGUGCUGAAUUUGGUGACCACUGAUGCAGAUCGAAUCGUUGGUCUCUUCGGAAGCUUUCAUGAGGCUUGGAGCUUGCCUUUGCAGGUAACAGUGACUAUGUUCUUGCUCUGGCAGCAAGUAGGCCUGGCCUUUCUCGCUGGCGUCAUGGUGGCCGUUUUGCUGGUCCCUGUGAAUCGGUCCAUUGCGCUCAAUAUUGGACAACUGAGCACUGGCAUGAUGGCAUUCAAAGAUGAACGCAUAAAGCUCAUGUCGGAGGUGCUGUGGGGCAUGCGGAUGAUCAAGAUGCACGCAUGGGAAGCCCUCUUCCAGGAAAAGGUGGAGAGCAUCCGGCAGAAGGAGGUUGCUUUCCUUCGGCAGCGGAAGUACCUGGACGCCCUGUGCGUCUUCUUCUGGGUUGUCACGCCUGUGCUCAUGUCGGUCCUGUCCUUCAUCACCUACGUCCUCCUAGGGCACCGGCUUACCGCUGCAAAGGUGUUCACGUGCCUUGCUCUCUUCAACCUGCUCAAAGUGCCCCUCAACGCCUUUCCCUGGGUCAUCAACGGUUGCAUGGAGGCGUGGGUGUCGUUGAAGCGCACCCAGUGCUUCCUCAACCUCCACGAUUUUGCUCCUGCGAGCUACUACACCACCGCGAAAGAGGAUGACCAGCUCGUGCGGAUCACAAAUGGUGUCUUCCACUGGGGCGGCAUGACGGGCGACGCCACCCUACCUGUGGCCAUCAGCGGAGCCCAGGGUCGCAACUUCAUCCUAGGACCUGUCAACGUGACGCUGCGGAAGGGUCAACUGGUGGGCGUGGUGGGUCGGGUCGGCAGCGGCAAGAGCACGCUACUGGCAGCCAUCGCGGGCGACAUCUGCCGGGUCCAGGGGGCGGUGACGCUCCAGAGGCUGGACAUGGCCUUGGGUCUAGUUCCCCAGCAGCCGUGGCUCCAGCGUGGCACGCUUCGUGCCAACGUGCUCUUUGGGAGGCCGUUCGAUGCAACCCGAUACCAGGCAACGCUCGAAUGCUGCGCCCUUCUCGACGACCUAAAGUCACUGCCUGCUGGCGACUUGACAGAAGUCGGCGAGGAAGGUCAGACACUCAGCGGCGGCCAGAAGCGGCGAGUCGCUCUGGCUCGGGCCUUGUACCAGGACUGCGACGUGUACCUGCUGGAUGACCCGCUCUCAGCACUGGACCCUCAUGUGGCGCAGCAAGUUUUUGAACGCUGCAUUGUCGGAGCCAUGAAAGGAAAGGCCCGGCUGCUCUGCACCCACCAAGUGGGCUUCCUUGCGCAGGCCGACUAUGUGAUUGUGCUGAGGGACGGCAAGGUUGUCGCAGAGGGUCCACCGUCCACAGUGCUCAAGUCAUCCGUCAUCGAGGCACUACCGGAGCUGACAGCAUCCGAAGAACCGUCUUUGUCCAAGACAUCAUCGUCAUCUUCAGCAGCUAAGUCCAGCCACGAGACCGGCUCAGCUGCGCUCCAAGAAUCUGCCAAAAUGCUUGUCGAAGACGAGGAACGCGAGUUCGGGGCGGUGCGUUUGAGCACGGUACGCUUUUACUGGGACGCGGUUGGCGCCUGGCUUGCUGCUACAGUCCUGCUGUCUCUCGUUCUUAUGCAAGUGUCCCGAACCUCCACCGACUGGUGGCUCGCUGUGUGGGUCUCGUGGGCCAACACCACUGACAAUCUGCAACAUCAUCGCCUCAUCAAAGAUGCAAACAGCGAUGUCAUGAAUGUGUUCCUGCCGAUCUACGGUGGCCUGGCCGUGGCCAAUGGUUUCUUGACAUUGGCUCGGGCUUUCUCAUUUGCCUACGGUGGCAUCGUGGCUGCUGUCAAAGUCCACGACUUGCUCCUCGACAAGGUGCUCAAAGUAAGUAUCACAUUCCUGGAAGCCACGCCCGUGGGCCGGGUGCUAAACCGCUUCUCGACUGACGUCUGGUCGAUCGACGACACGCUGCCAUUCAUGUUGAACAUAGUGCUCGCGCAGAGUGUGGCCCUGGCAGGCACUUUGGUGGUUACCUCCUACGGACUGCCCUGGGUGCUUCUCUUGCUCAUGCCCCUGGCGUUUGCAUACAACUCUCUGCAGCAAUACUACCGUUGGACAUCGCGGGAGCUGAGACGUCUGGGCAGCAUUACGCUGUCGCCUGUCUACUCGCACUUCACCGAGACGGUCGCUGGUCUUUCGGUCAUUCGAAGUUUCAAGGCAGUGUCCAGGUUCUGCCAGGAGAACCUGCACAAGCUAGGAGUCAAUCAGCAGGCAGUGUUUGCAUCACAGGCAGCAUCUCAGUGGCUUAACCUGCGACUGCAGCUCUUGGGUGUCGUGCUCACGUCGGGCGUCGCCUUCCUGGCCGUGGUACAACACCAGGUUCGAGGGGUCAGUGUAGGUUUCGUAGGCCUCGCGCUGUCGUACGCACUCUCGGUCACAUCCCUGUUGAGCAGCCUGGUGACCUCGUUCACGGACACUGAGAAAGAGAUGGUCAGCAUGGAACGGGCUGACCAGUACAUCAAGGGACUCGAAGAAGAGAGGCUGGACGGUGGCAUCCUGCCUCCCUUUGGAUGGCCAUUCUGCGGUGCAGUCAAGUUCAGCAAGGUGACACUUCGCUACCGUCCUGGACUGCCUGCCGCGCUCAGCGGCAUCAGCUUUGAGGCGGCCAAGGGCUCCAAGGUGGGCAUAGUGGGCCGCACAGGCGCCGGAAAGUCGAGCCUGCUCCAGGCUUUGUUUCGGCUCACCCCAGUCGAGAGUGGGCAAAUCUACAUAGAUGGCAUCGAUGUUCUUCGCAUGCAUCCUAAGGAAGUCAGGUCUCGGCUGGCGGCCAUCCCGCAGGACCCGUUCGUAUUCUCUGGCUCGGUGCGAGACAAUGUGGACCCUCGGGGGCUGCACUCGGACGCCCAGAUCUGGCGGGCUCUGGACAGGUGUCAGUUGGGACGUACUGUCCGGUCACUCCGCGACAGCAGUGCCGGAGCAGGCACAGGCCUGGAAGCGAACCUCGGGCCGCGCGGUUCUUUACUGAGCACUGGACAGCGUCAGCUUUUAGCCCUGGCCAGGGCCCUUCUGUACAAAGCACGGGUCCUUUGCCUCGACGAGGCAACUGCGGGCAUCGAUGCCGAGACUGAUCGUGCAAUUCAGGAAACAAUUCGAAGCACAUUCCAAGACACCACCAUACUUGUGAUAGCCCACAGGGUGGAAACUGUUCUAGACUGUGAUCAAGUCCUAGUCAUGUCCCACGGCAAGGUCAUCGAGUCCGGCGUUCCGCAGGAACUUCUCCGUAUUGGUAACGGACACUUCCGCGCCCUCGUUGAAGCCUCCCGCAAGAAUGGAGGCACUGUGCUCAUUGAGACAGCGGAAGCGGACGACGACGAUGUUCCAUUAAUAGGGUUUUCUGAUCCAUAGUGUCUUUCGUAAUGUAACUCAUAUAAUGGCGCAGUUUUAUUUAAACAACGAUAGUUCCUCAAGGAUGCUUUACGUGCGACUUAGUUGGGACAGGGACAACAGGGCAGAAAGCACGCGGCACUCUCUGUUGACUAAUAUAAUCCAACACUUAUUGAGCAUGUUAACAUGUGCUGCAGCGGAGUCGACAGUAUGGUUUACAUUAAAAGGGAACAGCAAACUCAAAGUAAUCAAAAUGCUACAGUUUAUCAGUUUCGUUAAGAAGUGGCUGAUAAAACAUUUUUGUAGGGAAAAGCUCGAAAGAUGAGACAGGUGAGUGACAAACACAGUUUCUCUGUAGGUGCGUAUUUGCCAAUUGCUUGUGCCAUUCUUUGCAUUGUUCCCUUCAAAAGUUUUGCCCUACCAACUAGCUCAGAUUCAGCAGUGAUGAAACAUGUUUCGCAGGCAUGGUAGCAUAAAAAAUAUUUCUGCAGGCCUUGUCAUGAUGUUUCAGUGGUAAGUGACAGUGGAAAACAAACUGUGGUGUUUACGGUAGGAAUGGACCAUAGCAUACAACAGUGCAAAUGCUCUUACUGCUUGUCAAGCGAAUAAUUUCACUUUUUCAGUUGAUCAAUUAGCUUUGUGCAGGAAGCAUUUUUUUUGGUCAGUGUUGGUGGGAUUUCAGCGUCGAUAGCACUUGCCGCCGCCGAGACGGUAACAGAUGCCAUGGUAAUCUCAGAGGCCACAGCACGUGAUCUUGGUUGCAGGCGUGUGCCACAAGCGGCGCUCGUUGCCUUUUCGUGGAGACGAGAAAAGGGAGAGGGCAUGGAACCAGGUUUGUCGGACCACGCGGCAGGCAUCUUAGUAAAGGAGGCAUUGCUUAAAUAUGAAGGCUCCUACACUUUCCUUUACAACAUGAUCCUUACGAUGCAACGAGCUGGGAACAUCAGUAACAAAUCGAAUAAAUAGUACAGUUACAGGAAUGACAGUGGUUACUCAAACUGGAGUAUUGACCUACAGCAGACAGAACACAUGUUUUUGCAUGACUGUGUGCUCUCAUUAGACCUUACUUGAGAAUAUUGCAAGUACUUUAGUUGGGAGUACAAUGUAUGAUGUGUCUAUUUUCCAUUCUUCUUGUUUCCACACGGUGCAUGUUUUAAUCCUGUUGCAUGAUGUGCGAUAUUUUCUUCCUGUUGUCCCUGUCUGUUUUGUUAUGAAGUCAUCUUGGGGAGGUGCCUGCUCAAGGACUGCUUCAGCCACUAAUGCUCAGACAGGAACCAAAACAAAAUGGCGCUGAGAAUGAGAAAGCCAUGUUGACAGUGAGAGUGGUCAAACACUGCCUGAAAAAAAAAAAAAAAUGUUGAAUAAGAUUUAUACUUUCAAACACUAUAGAUGCACGAAAGACUGCGAAAACCUCAGGAACGUCUUGCAUGAAGUCUCUCGUCUGUCAUAUACCUGAUCACGAAAAAAAAAAUAUAUAUAUAUAUGCAAGAAGACCUGCAGAUGUACACCAUAGGCUUGAAGGCAGCAGCCAUCAUUCACCAAGUCCACUAUAUUUUCUUUUCUUUUAUGGCAUGCAUGCCUAUUAUGCUAUGUUGACAAGUACUACUUGAAGCUUAGCAAACUUGAGCCAAGGCAUGACAAAUGCCAGCAUCAAACCAAGAAGUCAAAGCUAUGUCAGCAAAAUUUCAUCAAUAUUUAUGGCACACAUCUUAUCAUCUACGUGAGGUAUUUUCAACGUCACUCACUGAAAAAACAUAGAACAGGAGAUUGCAUGCACCGCGAGCAUAUUGAUGACAUUCCACAAUCGUUGGCAUGUCAGCUCUGAACUCUCAUAUAUAGUUUGGUCUGGGCCACUGUUUUCAACAUAACAUUUCUAGUUCUCUGCGCUAUUUUUGAUGUUCCAUAAGCAGUUCAAUUUAAUUUAAGGAGCAAGCACAAUCCAACUGCAAGUUCCACUGGCAACAUAAAACUUUAAAAUCUGAGGCUGUGGUUUUUCCCUGUGAUAUGCUACGAAUAAAAAAAGAGUUAGUGAGGCCAGUGCUUUAGGCAUUAAUACUUGCCGCUUGUAUAUUUCUAGACAUGACCAUGUCAUCUUUUCUGCCAAUGCAUAGGUUUAUAUAUAUAUAUAUAUAUAUAACUUUUUUUCAUCUUUCAUGUUGUGCAAUGUCUACAAAGCCUGUGUGAUGGUGCAGUUGUUACACUGCUUGAAGAAGACGAUGCUAAAACAGGGUGUGCAUGGAGAAAUAAACAACUAUGCAACACAAUACUAGCCAUUGCAGAAAGAAUAGCUUGGCAAUUAAACGAGACUGGACUCGUAUUUACGAGAAUUGUCAUAUUUGCUGGCAUCCAUGGCACGAUAGUGAUUGGCAUGAUGAGACGAUCACUUGGCAGGCAAUGACCAAUUACGGAAGGCAUUUACGAAAAAGGCGUUUGGUGAAUACAUGCCCCGAUCCUGUUUUUGUUGCAAACAAUUUGCACACUUUGCUGUUUGCAGCCUCGAAGAGUUAAAGAGCACAUAUCCUGCAUUACAUAAUUGUGGAAUUCCCGAGUGAACUCUUGCACUGUGUAUGCUGAACACUGUUGAUGUUUUAUAAGUUGGCAUUCACAGAAGAAUUCCAUGCAUAUCCAUGAAAUUCCAAGUGAUUGUCAUGCAGAAGUUGGCAAAAUAAUUUUAUAAUUUCUCUAGUAAUUCAUUAAAGUCUACUAUUUGGAAUGUGGAGAAGAAAGUAGAGUUCACAAAAGAAUUUCAUAAUUAUGUAAGGCCAUCUGAUUCGCACAGCAUAUUGUAGUUUGCCCCUGUACGAGCUUGCGAACAUCUAAAGCUGUACACUAUAUAGUUAUAGAUUCUAUUGCUGCCAUUAGAAAUGGAUAUUGUGGGAGAUGUUUACAGCAUUUCAAAAGCCACUGACUUGAGCUAAAAAAAAUGACGAGCUCGGAAAGAUUGUGUCGUUAGCUUCUGUAAUAAAAUAUGGAAUCUCCAGGCGAGACAACCUUUACUUUAUGAAUCUCGCUGUGUUAUUAUGCGAAAUGCCAAAUGUUGUAGUCAUUCUGUUCAGUACAUAAAAAUGGUACACUCAAAA